CAGGAAACGGCGCGGUCGGGCGCAGGGCUGCCCUUGGAAGAGGCAUCGCUCCGUCAUGGCGCCCCGCACAUUCCCUUUGCUCAAGUGGAUGGCCAAAGCAGGACUGGCUGGCGGUGCCCUCUUCGUGGUUUACUCCCAGGGGCUGCUGGGUGGCAGCGAUAAAGGUGCCCAAGCCCUCCAUAAAGCCAAAGCAGCUGUUCCUCCAGCUGUGGAAGAAUGGACAAAAUAUUUCGGCUGGCAGCUCCCAGAGGUCCCAAAAACUGAAUUUUCUCUCUGCAAUGCCUGGAACUCAGGGGUCCGUACUGCCAUAAGUGCACUUUCCAUCGCCCCCACCAAGAGCCGCGAAUACACACACCAAGGAUGGAAAUACAUCAAGGAACAUGUGAAGUAAAGUCAGCGGGAGCAGCUUUGCGUUCUCUUGCCGUCCAGCCGAAGUCUCUCCGUCCAGCUUUGCAGAAAGUAACCCUGUUUAUAAUUCGGGUUAUAAAAGAGCCACCGGACAGCCUCCUUUUUUUCAUCAGACUGUUCUGACUCUUGAUUUCUGUACUUGGCAAAGCCAGUUCGAGGUCAGGCUGAAGCAGUUGGGCCCCGUCUCUUGGGCCCCGUGUUACCAAAUUAAAGUUGGAAUGUGUGGGUUUGCGAAAAC